UGUCGCCCUCGUCUAUUUUUAAGACAUUCAUUUGUCCUUUUCUCCUUUGCUCUAAGUUUUUUAAUUAGUUAAAAAUGGAGUAAAUAUAAAUAUUUAUUAAAAUUUAGUAUAUCAAUAAAAAAAUGUUUAAAAUAUGAACUCGUAAAUAGAGAACAUAGAGUUAAAAAAUAUCUACAUCUGGAUAACAAAUGUGAAACAGAAAUGGAAGAAGAACAGUGUUUACUUGACUAUGCUAGUUAUUUUCAGAACCAUAAUAUUCAGUUAUUACUUAAGGAUUGCAUUGUCCAGUUAUGUGUAAAUAAACCAGAAAAUCCAGUUACAUUUUUGCGUCAAUAUUUUCAAAAAUUAGAAAGGGAUCAGGUUAAAGCAGCCGCAGCUGCCGCCGCGGCUUCUGAGGGUGAAGCCGAUGGAGAAUUAUCACCCUUACCAGUGCCUGGAGGCCAGCCACCUCGUCGCCGUGGUGGUAUUAGUGCUGAACCCGUUACUGAGGAAGAUGCUACUAGUUAUGUCAAAAAGGUAGUACCAAAAGACUAUAAAACAAUGGGUGCUCUUUCUCGUGCAAUUGCAUCGAAUGUAUUGUUCACACAUUUGGAUGAAUCUGAGCGUGCAGAUAUGUUUGAUGCCAUGUUCCCAGUACAAUGCCUCCCGGGAGAGACUGUCAUCCGACAAGGUGAUGAAGGAGAUAAUUUCUACAUUAUUGACUCUGGUGAAGUGGAAGUACUAGUAAACGGUGAACCAGUAACUACAAUAGGUGAGGGUGGUAGUUUUGGUGAAUUAGCGUUGAUCUACGGAACACCUCGUGCUGCCACAGUGCGUGCGCGUACUCCUCUCAAACUCUGGGGGCUAGAUCGUGAUUCUUAUCGCCGCAUAUUAAUGGGCUCAACAAUAAGAAAGCGCCGCAUGUAUGAUGAAUUCUUAUCACGCGUUUCUAUUCUAGAGAGUUUAGAAAAAUGGGAAAGGCUGACCGUCGCUGAUGCUUUGGAGCCAGUAUCUUUUAAUGAUGGUGAAACCAUUGUACGUCAAGGUGAACCCGGCAAUGAUUUUUACAUUAUAGUAGAAGGUUGCGCGGUGGUACUACAGCAACGCAGCGGGCAGGGCGAGGACUCGGCAGUGGAGGUGGGCCGACUGGGCCCGUCUGAUUACUUUGGCGAAAUCGCUCUAUUACUUGACAGGCCACGCGCCGCCACUGUCCGGGCGGCAGGGCCCCUUAAGUGCGUCAAACUCGACCGUGCAAGAUUCGAGAGAGUGCUGGGUCUUUGUGCAGACAUUUUGAAGCGGAAUAUUGCGCAAUAUAAUAGUUUUGUAUCACUAUCCGUCUAACAUCUACCCACAAAAGACAAGAGAAACGUUUGUCAAAUAGUAUUAGGCUGGACUUCAGUAUAUAAAAUGUGGGUGCUCUCAUUACAAUGGUGGAAUUGUUAUUGUUUUUAUAAAUUAAACUUAAUAUAAAUGUCUUUUUAUAUUUUAAUAACAUUCAGUGGUAAUUGGAAGAAUAUGAAAAGAUUUUUGUUAUUAUUGUGCAAGAGAUUUGUUAACACCAUUUUUAUGUUUAAAAUGCUUUUUUAUUUCCAUUAAUUGAAAAAGAAUUACAAUAUAGCCUAACUAAGAUUGAAAGUUUUCAAACUAUAUCUUUUCAAAAUUUCCGGAAUAAUCAGCAAGAGAUUAUUUUAAUACAAAUUUCUAUGGCAGCAGUUAAGAUUUCAAUACAAAUUUUCUAUGGCAAUGCUGAUAUAAUAGAAAUGUAAAUUUGUAUGCAAUUCACAUUCAAGGUACAAACAUUAUGAUUUCAGUAAUUUAUAAUACCUAUACUUAAUAAAUGAACGGUAAGUAUGCAGAUAUUUCGAGUUUAGAUUUCAACGAAUUGCAACAGAUAAACACGUAAAUAUAUUUAUUUCAGUGUUAUUAAGAACAGUGCUUAUGUAUUGCUAUUUAGAUUAGUAAAAUUUUAUAAAAAAAAAAAAACAUUAAAUUAUGUAAUCAAAUAAUAUCCUGUCGAUUACAUUUUUUUUUUUAUUAUAGACUCGUUUCGUUUUUUUUAAUGUAGUAUCAUAUGAAUAAAUUAUCUGGGUGGAAGUAACACUAACGUACUUUUGAGUGCACCGAUUCUGACUACCACUUCCCCUUCCUCGGUGUUGUCACUUAUACUUAUUUAAAAAAUAUAUAUUUUUGUCAUACAUAAAUGAUAAUAAGCGAUGCAUUAUCAUAUUGAUAAAGCAAUUCAUAAGAAAAAAAUUCUUAAGUGGUGACCUUGUAUAGUCAAACGUAGAUUAAGGCGACCCCCUACUAGUAGGUGUAACGACGAUAUAUACAAUUUAUCUACUUACAUAUGACAUGGAUAAAUUUGAGUAAUAUGCGGUUAAUACCUGACACCAUAUGGAUAUCGUAGAAUAUAACAUUCUUACUAAUAUUAUAAAUGUGAAAGUGAGUUUGUUUGUUUCAUAUAGGUUUUAUAUAGGUCGCUUUUUAUCCCUGUCAGAACACAUAUCUUGAUGACGAGGACAAAAUCACAAGUAAAGGGUUCUAAUGGAGUUCCUACAAUCAGAAUAUAAGUUAUUAAUAAUUAAAUUAAUAAAGAGAGUUAUAUAGUAAAACAGGUCAAAUAAAUAGUAACAAAAGUUAUUACUAUUAAAAACUUUUAAUUUAAUUUUAUCAAAUCACGUAAUUUUUUUACGAUUGCUAAGUAAACAAAUUAUCAAUAUUAAUAUUUAAAUGGGCACAAAAAGAAAAUAAAGUGCCGUCUUGUGACAUACUAUACCAAUUAAACAUGCUUUCUGAGUACAGCACUGAUUAAAGGAACUCAAUUCUUUCAUACAACUCGAGUUACGAACGCACUAUUAUUAUUGAAUUUGCGUAAGUGUUACUUCUACCUAGUUCUUAUUUUUACGCUAAUAGACUGAAUACCUAAUUUUGGUCAGGUUUUUAAUGGUCUUGGAUUUGUCACAUAACUCGCAAAUGGAAAUAUUUUAGAAAUGAAUCAAGCGUCAGUCCAGUUUAAAAAAUGAAAUGGAAUUUUAUAACAAUUUAUAGAAUCUUGUGAUUUUUGCUUUGUUUUUGGUAGUAAACAAAUUGAGGAUUUAAUAUCUGUAAUAUAAUCAGCGAUCCAGCGCUUCUUAAAAAAACUGCCAAAUAUGUAGAAUUUCCAGAUUGUGUUGUCUUAAUUUAGAAAUUAAUUUGUACAUUCUUAUGUAAUUUAUUAAUUAAUAAUAUAAUUUAUAACAAUAUACAAUAUUUUAAGAUUGUAUACCAAAAAAAAAAAAUCAAUUAUGACAAAACCAAUUAUUGUUUAUUUAAAAAUUAAUUAAUGCACCUAUUUUGAUAAAAUUUCCAUGGAACUAAUUUAUAACUAUCCAAAUAAAAAAAAAUCAAAUCAGUCUAAGUUAGAAGAACAAACAUAAAAAAUUGAAAACCUGCUUCUUUUUAAAGUCGGUUGAAAUUAAAGAUAUUUUUUAUUAUAAGAAUAAAGCAUUUUUUUCUUAAUUUGGCAUAAACAAUCAUUGUCACUAUCAAUUAUACCUCAUUUCCGUUUUUAAACGUGUGUGGAAUGGCGGUACGGAACUAACAUAAACAUGAACAAAAGCUGGUGUCAAUACAGCACUAGGAAAAUUGAUUUUAUUCUAUUUUAAAUAUCCGCGUCUUUUUCUCCAUAUUCAAUCCACUUCAAAAAAGAGGAGUUUCUUAAUUUAGUUUUAUUUAUUUAUGUUAGUUACCUCAUAACUUGGUCACUUAUAAAUCAAUUUUGGAAAUGCUUUUUUAUUUAAAAGUUUAAACUUUCAAAAUGGUCCCAUAAACAUUUCAUUAAAAAGUUUAAGUAGUUUGGUUUUGAAAUCAAAAUAACUUGUUUAUCCAUGACUGAAAUCCGGUUUUUUUUUUUUUGUUUUAUGGAACAAAAUCUAUCGACAUCCUCUUCCGUGUAACGUACUGCACAAUGACCAACUAAAAUAUCAUAAAUAAUAUUUUACUAAAUCUUUCUCCACUACUCGGAAAGAAUAAUAUGUAUUACCAUCUAGUUUUCUUAAUUUAUUUUUGAAAAGUUAAUU